AUGUUAUUAAAUGAUAAAAAUUCUCAUACAGUAACUGUACCAUUCUUAGUAUCCUUGUUGCUUGCACAAUCAUCAUCUUGGGCCGCGAUAGUUAUAGCUUAUCCUUUUGAUACAUUAGCCAGACAAAAAAUGCUUUGGAGCGGACGUAAUGCAAUUGAAUAUCCGCCAAUGCGACAUGUGAUGAAUAAUAUUAUAGCAAAAGAUGGCCUAUUUGGUUUUUAUAAAGGCGUACAUGCUAAUUUAAUGACAACUAUUUGCGGAUCUUCAGUAUUGGUUACAUAUGAUAUUGUUAAGUUCCGCUUUGAUAAGCUAAUGGAGUCAUAUUCCAAAGACACUAUCUAA